AUGGACUGUGCGCAGGAACCAGAAGGGCUGAGACUUCGGGCAGAACCAGUUCCCGACACCAUUCUUGAGAUUGGACAGAGACUUUUCCAGGUCAAUCGUGGUGCAUUAUCUCUCCAUAGUCGCUAUUUUGAGGCCAUGUUUUUUGGGGGCACUAGAGAGAGCUCCGAACACCACAUAGUGAUCAGAGGAGUAGAUGCAGAGACUUUCCAAGCGCUUCUCGAGUUCACUCGCACAGCCAAGGUGCUCAUAACUCUGCACAAUGUCACCCGCCUGCUGGAAACAGCCGACUUCCUCCAGUUUGAGAGAGUGAAAAGGAUGUGUGAGAAGUUCCUGGAGAGGGAGCUGCACGUUUCCAACUGUCUGAGCCUGAUGGCCUAUGCCCAAUGCUUUGCCUGUCCAGAGCUUCAUGCAUCAGCUCUCAGCGUGGCUCUCACGCACUGGACGGAAGUGACUUCUCAGGAAGAAUUUAAGAAGCUUCCCAAAGAAAUGUUGUUGCAGCUCCUGCAAAACAAUGACCUCUUUGUUCCCCGAGAGGAUGUCGUUUUUGAUACUGUGAUGAAAUGGAUAAUGCAGGACCCAGCAUCUAGGGAGGAGGCCUUCUUGGACUUGGUGGGGCAGGUCAGGGUAACCUUCCUGAGUCUUUCCUUCCUUGAUAUCUUGGUGAAACAAAGCAAAAGCCCUGGAGAGAAGGAUACCUCUGCCAGGCUGCUAAAGAAAUUAGACAGCUGCCCUCCGCUCAGAUGGAGGAACAUGGAGCUGUCUCCUUGCACCAGCAGGAGCUAUGAGACCCUAUAUGUUCUGGGAGGGAAGCAUGAUAAGGAGCAGCAAGAAUUGUUUCAGUUUCAACCUAAAUCUGGCACCUGGCAUCUUUGCUCCCCGCUGCAGCGCAGGAACCUCAUCCAGUAUGCAGUGGCAGCAGUAGGGAACUUCCUUUUUGUGACGGGAGGUUAUUUCCGAGAUGAGUUUGUGUGGUACAGCGUGGACUGGGUGUUGAUCUAUAAUUGCUGGGACAACAACUGGCUGGAAGGGCCUGCUAUGAAGCAGUCUCGCAACAGUCAUUGUGCCGUAGGGGCUGGGCUCUAUCUGUACGUGCUUGGAGGGAGCACAGAUGAGGGCAUAAUCCCAGAUGUGGAGCGCCUGGCAUUAAUGGACUCACAAUGGCAAAGCAUGAGCCCCAUGGUUCAGCCUGUGGAGAGAGCAGGUGCAGUCAGUGUGGGGACCAGGCUUUACGUGGUCUGUGGCCUGGAUGAAAAGGGAGAUGUGUAUGGUGGAGUGCAGAGACUGGACAUGGAGAAGGAUGUUUGGGAUGUCAUCUCCUUCUCACCACUUCCCAGGUAUGACCUCUGUGUUACAGCUCUGAAUGGAGCACUCUACACCAUAGGAGGAGGAGCCUUUCGCUUUGAUAUGGACACAGAUGAAUGGACCCAAGUGGAUGAAGAGUGCCUGACUCAGAAAUUCUUCAUGGGAUGCAGCACUGCGAAUGGCCAAAUUUAUCUCCUGGGACAGAGGAAGGGGAACAUGGCUGUCCCCAACAUGGUGCUCUUUGACCCUUACACUGACACAUGUCAGGUGGUAGAUAGCAAACUCCCUUGCCCCGUUCCUAUUUAUGGGUGUGUCUCUAUACGAAGAUUUGACACAUGA